AUGUCUGGAUCUUUCUCCAAAGUGGUACCAAGUCCAGAUGCACCACAUGAGCCCGACCCGGGAAAGGCUGACGAUGACGAUGCAGCGAAUGAUGAUCAACACACUUUGGUGCAGUUCACAACUGCCAUCUAUUUUGUUGAAGAAAAGUUCUUGACCAUCGAUCUCAUGCGUCUUGGGUCCAUGAAGGGCACCAUCUCGGUGAAUUACUACACGGAAGAUGGCUCCGCAAAGGCAGGGCUUCACUACGAGUCCAUCGCUGGGGAGGUGACCUUCAGGGAUGACGAGUUUCGGCAGUCCAUUCGUGUCAGUACCAUUGCCAGUCCUUACUGGUCACCCACCUUGGAAUUUAAAGUGCAUCUUUGCAAGCCUUCUGGUGCUGCUUUGGGUAGAUACCUUCGUACCUGUCGAGUGAAAGUCAUCGACUCGGAUACAUUUCCAUCCAGCAAAUACGAGUCCCAGCUGCUUCGGGGCAAACAAGGCGUCAGCGAAAUACGCACCAUUGGCCUCCUGUGGGAGUAUUGGAAGCUCUGUUUUUUGCAACUGCCAGGAAUUGGAAAGCGCUCCUGUCUCGUGGUUUUCUUAGAUCAGUUCCGAAAUGCUUAUCGAGUGAUUCUCUUGGCACUGAAUAUGUACAUGGUGGAUGUCCUCUUCAACACUGGAAAUCCUGACACGGAGAAGCAGUUGAUUGGAGGCACUAGACAAGACACAGCGAUCUUCAUAGCUGCCGCCUGGCUACUGCCUAUGGUUGCAAUUCAUUUGGCCGCCGCCCUAAAAGCAAGGAUGGAUCUGCCAGGCCAUUUGCGCCUCUACUUGCAACGCUGCUUGUUCCGGAAGUAUUUGAACUAUAGUGAGGAAUCCCGUGCUUCAGUGGCUCCAGCUGACAUGCAGAAUGCGAUUGUCCGAGAUUCAGGUGGUGCAACUGGUGCAUACACGAAGCUGCUGGAUUUGAUUGGCAUUAUUGCCGAGUUGAUCGUUUUUACCUACUUUACCAUCUCGUCAAACAUCACAGCAGUAUGGUUUGUCAUUGCAAUGCCAACUUGUAUGGCAAUUUACUUUGGCUUGGUAUACCUUUGUCGUGGCCGAGUGGAUCAAUGGAAAGAGGCCGAGGCCUUGGUGUUGCGGAUCGUUUGGGAUGCCUGCAAUCGCUAUCGCUUGGUGGCUGAUUACUUCCAGAGGCCUCAAAUGAAUGAGGCCUUCUCAGUAGCUAGUGGCAGUUUGCGGACGAAAUUUCUUCGAAAGCACACGGCGGAUGUGCACGAUGACAUGUUCCCCAAGUGGUUGGGGCCGUUUUUUAUUGCUCUCUACAUCAUCAUUGAUUCCAGGCUGGUGCUCGAUGGGAAGAUCACCUUGGGUACGUUCCUUGCAACCAUCAGUAUCCUUUCCAGCAUCAGCGAUCAGUUUUCCAGAGCCUACUCAACCAUCCUGGAUUUGCAGGAAUUUUGCGCGCCCAUGAAGAAGUUGACAGUGUAUUUCAACAAAGAAACUGACUUGUUGAUGUGGAAGAAAGUGAAUCGGCAGCGCAGGGAAAACACCAAGAAGGAACGCGACGCCUUGCUGGCUCAGCCGAAGGAUGCGACUCCCGGCAGCGCCGAUGAUGGCAAGGUCGCAGCUGGAGCAUACAAGACGGACCUGAUCCCCAUCAGGAUGGAUGGCAUCAGCUAUACCCACCAUGGCAAAAGUAUUUUCACCAAUGUCAGCAUUCAAGCACAACAGGGCCAGCUGGUCGCCGUGACGGGGCCACAUGGCUCGGGGAAAGCCACACUGCUGCGACUGCUGGGCCAUGUGGUUUUCCCUCAGGAGGGAUCCAUCUUUAUCCCAUCGCAUCUUCGGGUGCUGCAUGUGACGCAGGAAGCUCUGAUGCUGAAUUCCAGCCCAUGGAAAAACCUGCUGUUCGGAUGUCCCGAUACGAGUUUGGUGGACGCGAAUCGCGUGCGCCUGAUCUUGGAGAUGAUGGAGAUGAAGGCAACGCUCAGUCUGAUUGAAGAAGACCUUCUCAGACAUGCGAAAGGUGCUGAGGGUGAAGAGAGCCCCAAGAAUAGCAAUACAUACGAAGAAGCCGGGACUUGGCUGGAUGGACUCACAUACACUGAGAAGGUGAAGUUGCAUUUGUCGCGCGCCCUGAUCAUGAACCCUGAAGUUAUUGUGCUCCAGAGACCACUACACCACUAUGACUACAACACCUCCAAACUGGUCAUGGACGUUUUGAAGGCUCACGUGCGCGAGAGAGGUCUGGGUCUCCCUGAGGAGGGGAGGCCACACCGCCGACCACGGACCUGUUUCUUUACAGUCGAGGAUGUUUCGCAGGCGGAACAAGCAGAUGUGGCAUGGCAUAUCAAGGACCAGACGGUACUGGCAAACUUGGUGACAUGA